UACCCCAUCUCUCUCUCUGCACAGAAGUCAUGAGGAGGUCUGCAUCUCCCUCUCUAUGAUCUGAUUUUUCUUUUUUCUUUUCCUAUUUGGAUGUGAGACGCAUCAAUGAAGACAUUUCAUCUGGAGUCUACCUUGUAGGGACGGGUUUCCCGAUGUGAACUCAGCCGAGAAGACGCCGCUAAACCCCAACAUGUCUCGUCGCAAGCAAGGCAAACCCCAGCACUUGAGCAAACGGGAGUUUUCGCCUGAGCCGCUCUCAGGUGUUUUACCAGAAGACGACUCUCAGGACUCCCCCAGGCUGGCAGUGGUUCAGGGUGAGCCCCUAAAAGGGGACCAGGACCUGCUGACCUGCGGCCAGUGCCACUCCCGCUUCCCCCUGGCUGACAUCCUGCUGUUCAUUGAACACAAACGGAAGCAGUGCCACGGGAGCUUCUGUAUGGACAAACCUCUGGACAGGCCUCCGUCCUCCCCCCUCGCCUCUCCCCUCUCCACGUCCUCCUCGCACUCACGGACCCACCAUCAGCACCCGCGGAGGUCGUGUCGCCCAGUGGAAGUGGCCGUUCAGGUGUCGCCGCGGGAUGAGGAUUGUUUAUCUGCACCCUUGCAAGGAAUAAUCCCAAAGCAGGAGAAUAUCACAGAUAAAGAUGAGCCCAGCAGCUACACCUGCACCACCUGUAAGCAGCCCUUCACCAGUGCCUGGUUCCUGCUCCAGCAUGCCCAGAACACCCACGGCUUCCGCAUCUAUCUGGAGAGCGAACCUGGCAGCCCCCUCACCCCCCGCGUGGCUGCAGCUCCCGGGAUGGGGGGUGACUGUGCCUCCUCCCAGCCUCCCCUCCAUGCUGUCCACUUGGCCGAUGGCAGUCCUUACAGCCUCCUGAGGAUGCCGGGCUCCGGAUCUGGCCGGGAAUCCGCAUCCACGCCUCGCGAGGGCCGAUACCCUCGAACUCCGCCUCUGUUCAGCCCGCCACCACGCCACCACCUCAGCCCCGAUGACCUAGCCCUUGCUACCCACCAUCCCAGCGCCUUCGACAGGGUGAUGAGGCUCAACUCAGUGCCACUAGAAGCCCCUCCGAUGGACUUCUCCAGACGACUACGUGAGCUGGCUGGGAACGCCACUGGGGCUUCCCCGCCUCUCUCCCCGAACAGGCCCAGCCCUAUGCAACGGCUGCUGCAGCCAUUCCAGCCAGGUUCAAAGCCUCCCUUUUCAGCUACGCCUCCCCUCUCCACCUCUCAGUCACCUUCUGGAUCGCGCUCCACACCCAAUCCCGUAUCCAAUGCGACCCAACCGGGCACACCUCUCAAGUCAAAGUCUUGUGAGUUCUGCGGGAAGACCUUCAAGUUCCAGAGCAACCUAAUCGUUCACCGGCGAAGCCACACGGGGGAAAAGCCAUUCAAGUGUCACCUGUGUAACCAUGCCUGCACCCAGGCCAGCAAACUGAAGCGACACAUGAAGACGCACUGUCAGAGCAAGUCUUCGGUGCUCAAUGCCAAGUCAGAUGAUGGCCUCUCGACCGCAAGCUCCCCCGAACCUGGCACCAGUGACCUGAUAGGCAGCGCCACAGACGCUCUCAAGUCAGUGGUGGCCAAGUUCAAGAGUGAGAACAACGGCCUGAUGCCUGUAAAUGGAGAAGAAGAGGAGGGAGAGGAGGAAGAGGAGGAGGAAGAGGAAGAAGAGGAGGAAGAAGAGGAGGAAGAAGAAGAAGAGGGGGAGGAGGAAGAAGAGGAGGAGGAAAUUGAGACUAAGCCUGGAGUCGAAGAGGAGGAGGAGGAGGAGAGGAAUGACUAUCGUUUCAGCCUGCGGCUCGAAGGGGCCCGCCACCACCAGAACAGCGAGGCCCUGCACCCUCACCGCAGGAACUCGUCCCGGGAGCACGUUGACGAGGACUCGGCCCUGGAGUCAGACCGAGCAGAUGAUGGGACCACUACUACCAUCAAUGGCCUGGGACCUCGAUCCAACACUGACAGGCUGUCCAGGAAGCUGCUGAGUGGACGGAUCAGCCCCGGCUCCAUAAGUCCCCUGUCCAAGCGCAUCAAGGUGGAGAAGGACCUCGACCCCUCCACGCCCACCAUCCCAAACACGGAGAACGUCUACUCGCAGUGGCUAGCUGGCUACGCUGCCUCACGACAACUCAAGGACCCCUUCAUCAACUUUACAGGUGGGGACUCCAGACAAUCGCCCUUCGCCUCCUCAUCCGAGCACUCGUCGGAAAACGGCAGCUUGCGCUUCUCCACCCCGCCCGGCGAGCUGGACGGGGAACGCGCCGCCUCAGGACGCAGCGGCACCGGCAGCGGGGCCAGCACCCACGGCGGCAGUGGGAAUGGCAGGCCGAACUCCAAGGACGGCCGCCGCAGUGACACCUGCGAGUAUUGCGGCAAGGUGUUCAAGAACUGCAGCAACUUGACAGUGCACCGACGCAGUCACACUGGAGAGCGACCCUACAAGUGCGAGCUGUGCAGCUACGCGUGCGCCCAGAGCUCUAAGCUCACCCGCCACAUGAAGACCCACGGACAGAUGGGUAAGGACGUGUACAAAUGUGAAAUCUGCCACAUGCCUUUCAGUGUAUACAGCACUCUGGAGAAACACAUGAAGAAGUGGCACAGCGAACGCCCUCUGGAUAGUGACAUUAAGACUGAGUAGGCAAAGAGCAGCAUGCUGGCAGCUCUCUCUCACUCGGCUCCUCUGGCUAAAAAGCGACCCUGGCUAACUAGCCAAUAAGUGAGGGGAAAGGACAACAGGGUUAGACACCAGUUCACGGUACAGCCCCUGUUAUCACCCCCGACUGGAAAAAGCUGAAUGCAUGAUCCAUCAUUGGGGCAAUAUUAUUGCAUCAAACGCAAAACUUUUUGAGCCUUUCUAUUGUGCAAUAAUUUACACGUUUUGUAUUUUUUGUAACUGGACAGCAUGCUCGGUGUGUUUUGGCUACUUAGAGAGAAAAUUGUCCUUGGCUGGUGGGUUUGGUUGUACAUGUGUUGCUGUUGAUACUUUUGAUUUCUUCAACGUAAAAAAAGAAAAAAAGUUAGUUAUGAGAACCCAUGCUGCAUACAGUACAUACUGUUUUACAUAUCAUGUACAGUUUUGUGUUCAAACAUAGUGGACAGUGUCAUGUUAUCAAAACGUCAAGACAAGCAGGGUCACACUUAAAACGGAUCUUUGUGAAAGAUUUUCCAUGCGAGAUUGAAAUAAGAUAUAUAUAAAUAUAUACAUAUAGAAAUUGGGCUGCCUAUGAAAUGCUAGGCACUGGCGCCAUGAAAUAUUUCUUUGAAAAACAGCAAUGAAAUUAACAAUAUGGUGUGAAAUGACAACAAAGAGUGCCUUGGAUAUUUUACCUGCAUUAGUUAAUCCUCCUUUUUUGCUAUAAGCUCGGAGUUUCAGCUAUAUAAGAUUACAGGACAUUUUUGUGCACAUAUGGAAUAAGCAGGUCCUUGCAUCAAGCACCUGCACAACCCUGUUGUUUUGUGACUUAGCAGAGCAUAAGGAACCAGCUGAAACAAAAAAAAAAAAAAAAAAAAGAUUAUGUGUACCUCUGGUAAAUCAUUUAACUGCCUGACUCAUGUAUAUUGUUAUUCUCCAGAUUAUGAUUCUGUUUACUGGCAUGUUACAUGCUAAAAAGGAGUAUGUGUGUAGAAUUUUGGUUUAGGUGUUUAUGUUUUCCGGUACACGUGUACCAAACUGAGAGGGUAGUCUGACGAGUUGUUUUAACCAACGUAAUGCUCUUAAUUUUCCAGAGUGUUUAUUUUCUUUGAAAAUUAAAAGUCUGCAGGUUUUCUUUUUGUAAGUAGCGCAGAAUUAUGUUUCUUCAGUGUCAGCCAUGGCAGCAGUGUAGCCAGCAGCCACUUGGAGACCACAGAGUGGGUUUUUAGUUGUC